UGCAACACCACACUUGCACAUGUAAACAGGUCAGUGGUAUGAGUUUUGUAGAGGCGUGUUGACAAUUAAAAUAACCUAAAUUAAUACAUUUAUUCUACUCGCUAAUGCUGUGAACGUAUAGUGAGUGAGAUCAGAGCAUUCUGUGCAGUUUUGGUCUCCACGUGUAGCCACAAAAUCGUUUUAAUAAUAAAACAGUGCCGUACAACUAUGCUGUUAUCUGUUCGUGUCGGGAUGCUGAGAGGUGCUGUGCACAAACUCAGAACGAGACUCUUGUCCACAAAAGGUGGUGUCACAGAUGGACUGGCUGAUGCUGAGACCAUCUUUGCGUUGUCGUCUGGUCAUGGCAGGUGUGGAGUGGCCGUGGUCCGGGUCAGUGGUCCAGCAUCAGCUGCGGCACUGAGGGGCAUGGCCGGGAUCACGCGUGGCCUUCCUCCUCCACGUACAGCCCUCCUGCACAGCAUAAGGGACCCCCAGUCCAAAGAAGUGCUGGACCGAGGACUUGUGCUCUGGUUCCCAGCACCUAACAGUUUCACAGGAGAGGACAGUGUGGAGUUUCACAUCCAUGGUGGUCCUGCUGUCAUCACUUCUGUCUUACAGGCUUUAGGAAGUGUGCCUGGCAUGAGGCCUGCUGAAGCAGGAGAGUUCACGCGGAGAGCCUUUCAGGCAGGGAAACUGGGUUUAACAGAGGUAGAAGGGCUCGGGGAUUUGAUCCAUGCAGAAACAGAGGCCCAGCGGAGACAGGCUCUAAGGCAGAUGUCAGGAGAGCUGGGGCGCCUUUAUCAGGACUGGAGCCACAGACUGAAACGGUGUCUGGCACACGUCGAGGCCUUCAUCGAUUUCAGUGAGGAUGAGCUCAUUGAGGAUGGGGUCCUGAACCAAGUGGAUAGAUCAGUGUGUGAUCUACAAGCAGAGAUCAAGCGGCACCUCAUGGACGAGAGGAGGGGCGAGCGACUCCGCAGCGGCGUCCAGGUCGUCAUCGCCGGAGCUACGAAUGCAGGGAAAAGCAGCCUCCUCAACACACUCUGCCAGAGACCUGCUGCCAUUGUGUCUCCCAUUGCUGGGACCACCAGGGAUGUAGUAGAGACGGCACUGGACAUCGGCGGCUUCCCCGUCCUCCUAAGUGACACAGCCGGCGUCAGAGACAGCACGGACCUGGUGGAGAGAGAAGGGGUCCGACGCGCUCGAGAAAGGAUGCAGCAGGCAGAUCUGACUCUGGUGGUUGUGGACUGUGCUCAGCUUCCCUGCGAUGCCCAGCGAGCUGCAGACUUCCUCCAGGAACACCUAAGGAGCGUUCUAGCCACCGAGGAGCAGCCGGACACAGUUUUUUCUGCAGACAAAUGUCUGUUGGUGCUGAAUAAGACUGACUUGCUGCCUGAAGAUGGGAGACUGACGUUGGAGAGGGAGCUGAGGCGGGUGCCUGGCCUACCUCCCAUCUGUCUGGUGUCCUGUCACACCAGUGAAGGCCUGCAGGGCUUCCUCACCGAGCUGCACGGCAGAGUCAAGACUCUCUGCGGCAACCCUCUAACCGGCGACCCCACCCUGACCCAGGCCCGCCACAGGGCCCACCUGCAGCAGUGCACGGCGGCCCUGGCUCAGUACCACAGGUACCGAGACGGUGACCUCGCUCUGGCAGCUGAGGGUCUGCGGCUGGCUCUGACCAGCCUCGGCCGGAUCACCGGGCGCGUCGGAGCAGAGGAGAUCCUUGACAUCAUCUUCAAAGACUUCUGCAUUGGAAAAUAGCCAGAUGUGUAGCUUUGAACCACAGCCGCCAGGAGACGUGGCGUUGACGUAGUCGGAUCCAGUGCAGCCAGUUCCACCCUGCACCCGUGUGACUUAAAGCCAGGGUGCGAGUGUGUCCACGUCUAUACAUGGGAUCCAAAACACUUUAUGUUAAACAAAGGAUUUCCUGAAGACUGGAGACGGACCCGCACACGUGCUGCACUCACAUCCAUCAACGCUGACAGAGUUUAUCUUAAUGUAUAUUCUUCUGCAACUUGGAAGGGUUCUCAGAUUUGUUCUGUCUAAAUGGGAGUACGAUUUCCCUGCGUCCAACUUCUCAGUAAAGAGCCUCGGUCAAUAAUAAAUCCUUAUACUUUCAUCAGAAACUUGUUUACUGAGUGAAAGUUUAUUAUAAAUAUGAACAUUUAUAUUUUGCAAUACUUCCAGCGAUCAACCAAGAAAUUAUGAAAUAUGAACUUUCAUGUUGCAAAUUGACAAUGUAAAAGAAUUUAAAAAUAAAUAAUACUUUAACUUGCAGAUUUGAUCCAAAUGGUAAAAUCAUGUCUCUAAUGCAGAAUACAAAAUAAAGUUGAGGUUGUAUUUGUGUAUCAACUGCAGAUGUUUAUACUAACUGUCCACAGCUACAUCACAGUAGUUGCUCAUAGUCUUAUUUAUAGGAAAGGAAAAGGAAACUGUAAAGCUUGAACGAGGCAUAUAAUGACUACUGUACUUGUAAAAUGUGCCAUAAAAGCCUUUCAGUCAUA